AUGUGGACCGCACGUGUAAAAUUAACACACGAAAUCCGACGACAUUACUACAGUGAACCCACGCCUAUUUACGAUGUCCCAAGCAUCGUCUCAAGUACAGUACCCAAUCCAUAUACCACAAUUAGUCGUAAUAAAAUUAAUGAAAUUCCCAAGGACACUGACGAACUCGGCGACUGGCUUUACAACCAGUUCUUUAAAACAAUUGAGAAUCAAGUAAUAAGUAAUUCAAAUAAUACAAAACCGAAUAAAAAUGAAAAGCCACCAACACGUAGAAGUGGCGGAGAUGGCAGACCAGUGGUCGGUUCAACAAAACGAAUAAAAAGUCGAAGGUUCGGCCGCAGCAAGAAAAGGAAGCAUAAUUCGAAAGCGCGUGGACUGCGUAGAAAACUCCUACGUAUUACAGAAGAUGACAGUUUGUUUGAUUCUGAAUCGGAUUCUGAUUCAAGUGGCAGUUCCGGUUCCAGCGAUAGUGAUAGUAACAGUGACGGUUCAAGUGAAGGGAGUGAUGGAAAGAAAUCUGAAUCUGGGUCUGAAGGAGACAAAGAUCACGGUCACAAAAAAGUUAUAAUAUUUAAUAGAAGACCCAAACCGCCAUUGCCAUCAUUUAUUUUCUUACCAAAUAUGGAUACACCAUAUUACCCUCCCAUAGGCUUACCGCCUCCGCCGCCAAUGCCAAUGUACCCUAUGGUCCCAGUUCCACCGGUGGGUCCUCCUAUGUAUCCUUUCCCAGGUAUUCCAAAAUGUGAUGAGGAAAAUAGCACUACUACUACUACUACUACUAAUACUACCACUGAAACGACUAUAACGAAUACGAAUACAACAACAGACACAAAGGAAGCUCCUCCUAGCAAUGACCGCAGACGCAGUAAACUUGAAAGACACAGAAACAUACCAACAGAUGAAGAUGAAGAUGAUGAAGAAUACAUGCCUCGAGCUGUCGAACCCGGAUGCAAAAACUACGUGACAAAAUGAAAGAAAAAAGAAAAAAUAUAGUAACACCAACAUCAGACGAUGAAAGUGACUUGGUUAUGAAUCUAGAUGAUAUACCAAAUAUAUCAGACACAUUGCCAUCCGUUAAAAAACCUAAACUUAAAAAACAGAACCAUGUAUCACAAAUCCCUAAUUUAAAAGAUGUUGAUUUUAAAUAUUUAUCAGAAUUAAUACAUAGAGUAAAUAAUAGUGCACCUAAAAAUAAACCACCAUCACCUGCUAGAAAUAUAUCACCUUCGCUAAUGCCCACAAUACCUUUUGACACCAAUGAUUUAAAACAAUUGCAAAAUCUUAAAGCACAGCAAACACGCCGUAAUUUUGAUAUUCCCGACCAAGUGCUACCCCGUGUUGAACCUGAAGUAGUAAAUCCAGGAGACCAAACUAGAAAUUUGAAUAAACCAAGCCCUGACGAUGACUACUACACGAACUUAGGGAGACAGAUCGCGUCUAUGAUUCGUAACGCUGACACUAAAUUAGACCAUCCGUUCAAUACAGAACAACCCCGACAACUCCCCUUUCAUUCCGUUCUCAAUGAAAACUAUUAUUCUCCUGGAUCGCUCUGGGAAAGAUCAGUACGAUCUCCACUUCCUCAAAUUUCUGAUGUCAAACCAAACACUAAUUACCUUGAUGAGUCACGCACUUUAAAACACAGUAAUGAAAAAAACCUUUUAAAUCUUGAAAAUGAAGUUGCAACUUACGCCAGUACUGUACCUUCGUUAAGUUUACAAGAUCUUGAAAACCUUUUAAAUACUGUAGAAAAGGCAGCACAGCAAGAUCAUGCACAAAUGAAAGAUCCACUGGUUAGCCCAAAACCUUCAAACAGUAGUCUUAAUGUCAAUCUCCUACCAAAAUAUGUUAAAGAGAGGCCCAUUAAUGGGAAACUAUAUAGUCUGAAUAAUGAAAGUAUCUUAAACUUACCGAAAAUAAAUCAACCUUAUUUUCAAUCAAAGGAGUCUCUUCCUAAUCUAAAUCGAAAUCCUUCGAAUUUUAGUCUCAAUGUAAACUUGCUGCCUAAUUAUCUUAGAGAUAACAACAAUUACAGAAAGUUACUUGAAGCGAAUAACGCAGGUAUUUUGAACUCACAAGAAAGAGCGCAAGUUCAUUUACAAUUGAAAAAAUCUCUCGGGCACCCGAAAUCUUCAAACGUUAAUUUCAAUGUAAAUAUUCUACCUGAGUAUCUUAGAGGCAAUGAGGCUUAUAGAAGAUUGUAUGAUGUCGAUAAUGUAGACGUUUUGAGCCCGGUGGAAAAAGCACAAUAUUAUCUUCAACUGAAAAAUUCUCUAGUACAGCCGAAAUCUUCAAACUUUAGUCCAAAAGUGAACCUUCCACCUGAGUAUCUUAGAAACAAUCACGCUUAUAGAAGACUGUAUGACGUCGAUAACCCAGACGUUUUAAGCCCAGCGGAAAAAACACAAUAUUAUCUUCAACUGAAAAAUUCUCUAGUACAGCCGAAAUCUUCAAAUUUUAGUCCGAAUGUAAACGUCCCACCAGAGUAUCUCAAAAGCGACAAUACCUAUAGAAGAUUAUUUGGUGCUGAUAGCGCAGACAUUAGAAGCCCUGUGGAAAAAGCCCACUAUUAUUAUCAACUUCUGAACUCUCUCGGACACCCGAAAACUUCUAACGUUAGUCUCAAUGUAAACUUUUUACCUGGGUAUCUCAGCAGCGAUAAUUAUAGUAAGCCAUUUGGUGCUGGUAAUGCGAACAUUUUAAAUUCAAUGGAAAAAGCACGACAUUAUUUUCAACUUCAGAACCCCCGCGGAAGCAUGAAACCUUCAAACGUUAGCCUCAAUGUUCAUCUUAUACCCAAAUAUACGAGGGGCGGCGGAGAUUAUAGAAAAUUUUAUGAUGUAGAUAAUACAGACGUUGCAAACCCAGCGGGAAAGACUCCAUAUUAUUUUCAACUUAAGAAUCCUCUUGAAACCCCAAAAACUUCAAACAUUAGUCAUAAAGUGCAUGUGAUACCCAAGUAUGCUGGAGAUGACCCGACUUAUCAAAGAUUCAUUAGUAACAUAGGCAUGUUAAACCCGAUGGAAAAGACACAAUAUUAUAGUCAACUUAAGAACUCUCUCGGAAAGCCAGAACCGUCAAACGGCAGUUUUAAUGAGCUCAUGAUACCUCAGUAUACCAGAGACUCUUAUAGGAGACUAUAUGGUGGCGAUAAUCCAGAUAAUCAGAUCCCAACUCACACGCCACAACCAUCUAAUAUUUUCGUCGAAUCAAAAUAUAUUACUGAACAGUAUCAGACACUGUACCCACCGAAAUUUGUUGAAGCGCCGGAUCCAGCAAACACAUCAAAUAAAACCAUGUCUCAAGACAUGGAUACAAAUAAUAUUCCACAAUCCAGAGAUUACUCGAAGCAUAACAAUCAUCAUGUACCUAUUCAACUGGAAACAGAAACGGUACCCAAAAGUCCAGUAGCAUCAGGGUAUAUAUUCCCAACCCAGAAGCCUUUGGAGCAUGACUAUCAAGUACAAGCCACACACCAGAUGAGACAGGGCCCUUUUGUAGGAGUAGUGGUUCCUAAUAGCUACGUGAACACACCCCCACCACGCACAGAAUAUUUACAAUUCUUAAACAGUAUGCCGUUAAUAAAACAACCCUCAUCUCAGAACCGAGAACCAAAAUUAACGAAUCAAAAUAACUUGAACUAUUUUUCUCGCAAUAAAUAUCACUACAUGUUCGAGAAACAGGCAUAUCCCAUUCUUGCCCCUUUUAGAAGGCAAAUUAGCAAAAAAUACGGUAAUCCUUCAUACUUUCACCAUCAUCUACAUCAUUAUGAAUAUUUUGAUUAAUUUGUAUAAUAUUGUUAUUUUAUUUAUGUGUUAAUAUUAAAUGCAAACAUUUUGAAGUAGAUUUUCCAUUUAUAAUCCUUCGUGUGUUUACGUUAUGCCAAGCCGGCGUGGGUACGCGGCGUGCCAGACUCUAUCCCGUUGCACUCCUGAAUGCCUCUGAACUACGAGCUCGCAAUAGCGCACAUCGUAGCGAUCUUAC